AUGUUUCUGCCCUCUGUUGAAGCAUUUGUAGCGCUUGCCUAUUUUCUCCGGGGUACGACGGCUGCCCUAUAUGGCUUCCCAGACUGCACGAUUACCCCGCUGAAGGACAAUGCAGUUUGCGACACCACCAAGGAUGCUAUUACUCGUGCCCGAGCGAUCGUCGAGCUCUUCACGGUCGAGGAAUUGAUAAACAACACCGUCAAUACAGCACCAGGGGUUCCUCGUCUUGGCCUUGCUCCAUACCAAUGGUGGUCGGAGGCCUUGCAUGGCGUCGCCAGUAGCCCUGGGGUUACCUUCGCCCCGUCUGGAAACUUCAGUUCAGCGACCUCCUUCCCACAACCGAUUACGAUGGGAGCUGCCUUCGACGACGAGCUCAUCAAAGAAGUCGCGGCUGUCAUCAGCACGGAGGCACGGGCGUUCAACAAUUUCGGCUUUGCAGGCAUCGAUUAUUUCACCCCAAACAUCAACCCGUUUAAAGAUCCUCGCUGGGGCAGAGGUCAAGAAACACCCGGCGAAGACCCGUUCCACAUCCAGCAAUACGUCCGUAGCCUCAUCCCAGGACUCCAAGGAGGCAUCGAUCCAAAGCCAUACAUCAAAAUUAUCGCCGACUGCAAGCAUUUCUCCUCCUACGACAUGGAGAACUGGAAUGGGAACAACCGUAUGGGAUUCGACGCGAUUGUGACGCCGCAAGAUUUGGCCGAGUAUUACUCCCCGCCUUUUCAGACCUGCGUACGCGACACCAAGGUGUCGUCCGUCAUGUGCAGCUACAAUGCAGUCAACGGCAUUCCGUCCUGCGCCAACUCGUAUCUCUUGCAGACGAUUUUGCGUGAUCACUGGAGCUUCAACGACGAUGGGAGAUGGGUUACUGGAGAUUGUGGCGCGGUCGCGAAUAUCUUCAUACCGCACAACUAUACCACCAAUUUUGUGCAGGCGGCGGCCCUUGCGUUGAAGGCGGGCACAGACACGGACUGUGGUAACACAUAUGCGCAAUACCUCCCACAGGCGUACGCGCAGGGUUUGGUCUCCAGAGACGACCUAGAGAGGGCAAUGGUCCGAUUGUUCUCUUCUCUCGUCCGACUUGGAUAUUUCGAUCCGGCGGAGAGGCAGCCGUACCGACAAUUGACGUGGUCGGAUGUGAAUACUCCAAGUGCCCAAGCACUCGCACAUCGGGCUGCGCUUGAGGGGACGGUCUUGUUGAAAAAUGACGGUGUUCUUCCAUUCAAGGAAACGAUUCAAAAGCUUGCGUUUAUUGGGCCAUGGGCCAACGGGACUGACCAAAUGCAAGGGAACUAUCACGGUGUUGCACCGUUCCUCGUCAGCCCCCUUCAAGGCGCCAUCAAUGCUGGAUUCGAAGUCACAUACGCCCCCGGAACAGUAACAAUCGAUUCAACGUCGAGAGAUGGAUUCAGGUCGGCAAUUGCCACUGCAGAGGCUGCAGAUGCUAUUGUGUUCACUGGCGGGAUCGACGAGCUGGUCAUUGAACGAGAGGGAAGAGAUCGCAUGAAUAUUAGCUGGCCAGGCGUUCAGCUUGAUCUCAUUCUUGAGCUCAGCAAGUUGGAAAAACCGCUGGUCGUUGUCCAGUAUGGAGGUGGGCAGGUCGAUGGUACUGCACUAAAGAAUAGCGAAGAGGUCAAUGCCAUCCUAUGGGGCGGGUAUCCAGGUCAAAGUGGUGGGACUGUGUUGGCCGACGUCUUGGCCGGCAAGGCUGCUCCUGCUGGGCGUCUUCCGACGACACAAUAUGUUGCCGAUUACGUAGACCAAGUGCCCAUGACCGACAUGACACUACGUCCAAGCAGCACCAACCCAGGCCGAACAUACAAAUGGUACACAGGCGCCCCAGUCUUCGAGUUUGGAUUCGGUCUUCACUAUACAAACUUCGCACUGAACUGGCAGCGUCGACCUGGAGCGAGGUACCAGAUUCCACAAGGCCUUUCUUUGGCCAAGAAGGACCUCGAUCUCAACCCCUUUGACACCUUCAACGUCGUGGUUAAGAACACGGGUCAAGUCACUUCUGACUAUGUCGCCCUCCUCUUCCUCAGCGGCAACGGUGGACCAGCGCCACAUCCCAACAAGGAGCUCGUGUCGUAUGUGCGGCUCCACCAAAUCAAGCCAGGAGGACAGGCUGUUGCGAAUUUGAAGGUUAACCUUGGCUCUAUGGCCCGUGCGGACGAGAAGGGCAAUUUCUGGGUGUAUAGCGGGUCGUACAAGCUGACCGUUGAUGUGGGCUCAGGUGCAACCCCUCUCACCCAUGACUUCGUAUUGCAAGGCAAGUCGGUUCAGAUUUCGGAGUGGCCGCAGGACGCGUCGUAA